AUGGAUGUCAAGACCAGCGAACGGACAUUAUUCUAUAGUUUUAGAACUGGUAGCCUAUUAACGAGUAGUCUAAACGAGUUCUCUGGCAAUUUUACCGAGUUCUUGGUCAAUUUCAAUGACUUCUCGGUCAAUUUUUUCGAGUUCUCGGUCAACUUUAGCAAAUUCUCAGUCAAUUUGCUCGAGUUCUUGAUUAAUUUCAGCGACUUCUCUGACAAUUUCACCAAGUUCUUGGUCAAUUUCAACGACUUCUAUGUCAAUUUUCCCGAGUGCUUGGUUAAUUUCAUCGAGUUCUCAGUUAAUUUCAAUGAGUUCUCAGUUAACUUCAGCGAGUUCUCGAUCAAUUUGCCCGAAUUCUCGAUGAAUUUCAACCACUUAUUGGUCCAUUUCACUGAGUUCUCAAUUAAUUUCACGGAGUUCUCAGUCAAUCUCAACAAGUUCUCGAUCAAUUACAUUGGCUUCUCAGUCAAUUUCAGUGAGUUCUCGAUCAAUUUCACCGAGUUCUUUGUUAAUUUCACCAAGUUCUCAAUUAAUUUCAUCGAGUUGUCGGUCAAUUUCACCAGCCUCUCGGUCAAUUUAAACGAGUUAUUAGUCAAUUUCACCAAGUUCUUGGUCAAUUUCUACAAGUUCUCGUUCAAUUUUUCCAAGUUAUUAGUCAAAUUCAGUAAAUUCUCAAUCAAUUUAAUCAAGUUCUCAAUCAAUUUCAUGAAGUUUUCGGUCAAUUUCGACAAGUUCUCGGUCAAUUUUUCCAAGUUCUUAGUUAAAUUCAGCAAGUUCUCAAUCAAUUCAGCAAAGUAA